AUGGUUUUGUCCGGUGCACACUGUUCACCGCAAGGCCCCGGUUCGACAAGCAGUGCGCAUUCUGCAUCGUCAUCCUCGUGCACUUAUCUGGAAACAUCGCCAGCACCGCGCAGUACUGUUCCGCAAAACCAGCUGCAGCAAAUCCAUGUCAUCCAGGCCACAGCACAGUCCUCGUACAUGCAGUCGUCAUCAAAUGCUGCUCAGCAAUAUCAGGAUGUUUUAUCUGGUGCUGAUGCCGAUUUGUAA